GAUAAACACACCGCGCCAGACCUCUGCUGGGUAAAGUGCGCUGCUGACAGGCCGUGGCGUCGGCCGUGAUCCGUGAUCGGCGAACCGUGAUCCGUGGACGACCCGUCCGGCCAGAAGCGCGUGACCUUGACCUCAAGUGGCCCCGACGCGACGCGCGGCACCAUGUUCAUGAUGGGCUCGAAGCCGUCGCCGCGGCCGACGGCCGAAUCGCCGCAGGCGGCGCGCUCGCCGCAGUCGCCGAAGGACGAGGAGUUCAACUACAAUCCGAGCGGGGACUUCGCCCACCGCUACGACGUCCGGGAGUCGCUCGGAAAGGGUGCGUUUUCCAUUGUGCGAAGAUGCGUGCAAAAGUCGACGGGGCUGGAAUUCGCGGCCAAAAUCAUCAACACCAAGAAGCUCUCCGCCCGGGACUUCCAGAAGCUGGAGCGCGAAGCCCGGAUAUGCCGCAAGCUGCAGCACCCCAACAUUGUGCGUCUGCACGAUAGCAUACAAGAGGAGAGCUUUCACUACCUGGUCUUCGAUCUGGUGACGGGCGGCGAGCUGUUCGAGGACAUCGUGGCUCGCGAGUUCUAUAGCGAGGCGGACGCCUCCCACUGCAUCCAGCAGAUCCUCGAGUCGGUGAACCACUGCCACCUCAACAGCAUCGUGCACAGGGAUCUCAAGCCAGAGAAUCUGCUGCUGGCCAGCAAAGCCAAAGGGGCGGCGGUGAAGCUGGCCGACUUCGGGCUGGCCAUCGAGGUGCAGGGCGAGCAGCAGGCGUGGUUCGGAUUCGCCGGCACUCCCGGCUACCUAUCGCCAGAGGUGCUGAAGAAGGAGCCGUACGGCAAGCCGGUCGACAUCUGGGCAUGCGGCGUGAUUCUCUACAUCCUGUUGGUCGGCUACCCGCCGUUCUGGGACGAGGACCAGCACCGGCUCUACGCCCAGAUCAAGUCCGGCGCGUAUGACUACCCGUCGCCAGAGUGGGACACGGUGACGCCGGACGCGAAGAACCUGAUCAACUCGAUGCUGACCGUGAACCCUCAGCGUCGCAUCAACGCCACGGAGGCGCUGAAGCACCCCUGGAUCUGCCAACGCGAGCGCGUGGCGUCGGUGGUGCACAGGCAGCAGACGGUGGACUGCCUGAAGAAGUUCAACGCCAGACGAAAGCUGAAGGGCGCGAUCCUGACCACAAUGCUGGCCACGCGCAACUUCUCGAGCCGCAGCAUCGUGGCUAAGAAGGGCGACGGCUCACAUGUCAAGGAAUCCACUGAGAGCAACACCACCGUUGAGGAGGACGACUGCAAAGAGGACCGCAAGGUGGACAGAUCUGCCACCGUCAUUGCCCGCGAGCCGGAAGAGAACGGACCAGGCAAGUGCCAGGUGUCGCUGGUGCCAGUCAUCCAGCGCAACGAUCAGGUGUUCAACGAUGGUUCUGCACGCGGUAGCAGCUCUCUGGACCCCGAAGAAGAGGCGCGGAAGCAGGAGAUCGUGAAGCUGACCGAGCAGCUGGUGGAGGCGAUUACCGCUGGCGACUACGAGACAUACACGAAGCUGUGUGACCCCCACCUGACCUCGUUCGAGCCCGAGGCCCUGAGCAACCUCGUGGAGGGCAUGGAGUUCCACAAGUUUUACUUUGACAACGCAGUGCUCGGCAAGUUCCGGAAAGCCAUCAACACGACCAUCCUGAACCCGCACGUCCACCUGUUGGGCGACGAGGCAGCCUGCGUCGCGUACGUCCGGCUAUCGCAGUACAUUGACAGGCAGGGUGUACCGCACACCGAGCAGGCGGAGGAGACGCGGGUGUGGCACCGACACGACGGCAGGUGGCAGCACAUCCACUUCCACCGCUCGCAGAACGGCGCCAAGUAGGCCUGCAUCGUCGCCGCCGACGCCGCCGACGCCUCCGCUGCCGCCGCCGUCGCCGUCGCCGUCGCCGCCGACGGGUCUGCCGAGACGUGAUCUUUCUCCAUGUCAUUGUUUUAUGUCCUCCGCCGUGCUGGCUCGUUCUAGGUAUAUACAGCUCUAUAUAUAAUGGCAGGCGCCGCGGGCGGUCCGGUCGCUGAUUGGCUGCGUGGGUGGCCGUCGGGCUGCUGAUUGGCUGGCUGGAUGGUUGUCUGGCUGGUGAUUGACUGAUCGGGCGGCGGUCUGGCCGGCUGGAUGGGCUCCGACGUUGAUUGGGUGCCCAUUCGGUUGUGCGGCUGCCAAUCGGUUGGCCGGCCAGCUCUCCGCCGGCUGAUUGGUUGCUGUUACGGCGGCCGGCGACCAUUGCCCAGGUUAGGCCGGCCAAGUCGAGCUCGGCGGACUGCUCGUUGCCUGCCGCGCUCCCGCCCGGGUCUACGAUUGGUGGCGCCGCCGCCCGAGGUACCGCGGCGAAAGAAGAAGCUUGCGCCUCGCCGCGCUUGGCCCCUCUCUAGUCAAGGCCUGCGCGGUGCCCGCCCCCAGCAAAUCAAAACCAAGAUGGCGUCCGCCCCAGCCUCGCCCUCGUUUGUCCCGACCCGCCCCGCCGGGGCUCCGCGGCGCCCGUAUUCCGGUCGGGCGCGCGCUGGCCGCCGCGAGGUGAGACUGCGCCGCCGGACGUGUUUUCUCGACGUGUCACUAGAUGGCAGGGCGGUCGGCGCGCCCGGCCGCCGGUGUGUUGUGGAUUCAAUGUCUUUUUACCGUGCCUAACAUGUCCGAUCUAUUUAGGUGGUCCUCUAAUUAUGUGCGCUGUCGUCGGGGCGUGUUGUGGGGUGGAUGUGGCGCGGCCGCUGGCAGCAGCCGCGCGUGCGUAGGGUCUUGGCUGGGACGGACCACGGCGGCGGCCCGCGAGAGGCGGCAUCGCUUACGGCGCGCACGCGCGAACUCGACCGAGGGCUGCCGCCGCCGAGUCCUGCGCUUUUGGCGUCAUGGAGCGUUUGGUCCUUAUCUUCCGCCGGCGGUGUUGGGAGGAAAUUCGGUUCAGCUGUUCCUGUUGGGUGUUUUGGUAUAAAGCUGUCGCCGCCGGGGCACUGCAGGCGCGAGGCGAACCUUCUAAAACGCGUCCAGGCAAUAAUAAGCCCAUCACAUUCAAUACUCCGCCGUUCGUGCUCUCGCAGGUUCAUUCGUCGUCCAUAGAUGCCGCUGGUAUCGCCGGCGUCUGAGCCAGCGGGCACUUGCCAUGUUGUUCACCCUUGCCGGCCUGUUGGUAUACGGCGGCGCGGCACGGAUCUGCUGCCGCCGCAGCUGCGCCGUAGUCGCCCCCGCACCUUGUCCGUGGUUCUCCAGCUAUCGUAGUCUAGUGUGCGUGUCGCCGUUUUGGGGCGUUUCUACCGUGAGAGGUCGGUUCCCGUUGGCUUGUUUGUUGCGCGGCGCGGCGGACGCAGGCCGGGCGUUCUGCGCAGAGGCGUGCGCCGUGUUUGUCUCGCUGGUGAGCGGCGAAAGUGGCGCGACAGCUGGCCCAUCGCGCUGGUGUUUAUAUGAACGUCUGUGCGUGUGCUGGCGUUGUGGGUUUCCCGUAGUGGAGGUGCUGUGGAGGUGACGUCACGAGCGUAACGGUGGUUGCGGCAAAUUUGAAGACCCUUGGAAGACCACGGCCCCCGCCACGCGAAUUUCUACCGAUGCCGGAGUGGGUGAGAAGACCACGUGAACCGGUAGACACGGGUUGCCAGAUUGGCCUCCCACGAGACUUUUUGAGGUAUCGAUGUUGCGUGUCUUAUCGACCUAUUUUAUUCACAAAGUGCAUCGCUAAACAAAAUAGACUCUCUAAGCAUC